AUGGCCAUUUGCUCGUAUUUUCAACAAGGAAGAUGCAAAUUUGGGGAUCAAUGCAACUAUGAGCAUCCAAAGGGCCAGGGCCAGGGCCAGUUUGGAUUUACCACUGGGAAUAGAUUCGGGGUUCUCCAGUCUGGCGGGAGCAAACCGGGUGGCGGGUUUGGAGGCGACAAGCAGGACCCAAGGGACAAAUAUUCGUUAAACCCUGCAGAUAUAAAAAGUGACUUGACGGAUGGACAAGGCCGACCUCAAUGGAUUUUCUCCGCUUACGGGCCCGGAAGGAAUGCACCUAUCCAGCUUUUCGGGGGGCCGGAAAGAGAGCAAAGUUUUGAAGAAAUGCGAGCAUUGCAUUAUGCCGCCGUAGCCGAGGGCAAGCCACAGGAGGCUAUACAGAAUGCCAAUAACUUGUUUGCUGCCACCGAAGCUCAGAUGAAGAACAUAAUCAACAACCUAGACGCUGCAAUCCAAUAUGUCGUCGAUGGAGAAAACCACCACCCAAACAGGCUGGAUAUUGUAAAUGGGAAGUCAGUGGCUGUUGCCUCAGUCCUAAACCAGCAGAAUACAUUUCCCCAACAGACUCCUGUGCAGCCUUCGCCAUUUGGAGCUCCAGGUUUGUCUCAACAGUCUACGGGGUUAGGUAACACGUUUGGGAAGCCGUCAAUGCUGGGCCAGCAACAACCACAGCAACCCACUUUUGGUACUCCAUCCUUCGGCGCUCCAUCCUUUGGUAAACCAUCCUUUGGUACUCCAUCCUUCGGUACCCCUUCCUUUGGGCAACAAUCUACCAUGGACCAAAAUUCUGCGCCGGGAAGCUCUCCUUUCGGCCAACCGAGUGCUUCAAACCAACAGCAGCAAAAUCCUUUUGGCAAACCCUCAGUCUCUCCUUUCGCUCAAGCUGCUCAGGCAGCGAAUCCAUUCGGCCAGCCACAGCCCCAGGCUGGUGGCCAGGUCCAACAAAGUUCUCCAUUUGCUCAGCUCCAGAAUACAACACAACCACAGCAAGGUUUUGGUGGGGGAAACCCAUUUGGACCAGGCACUCCAGCCCAGCAGCAAUCAGCCUCUACGCCAUUUGGGCAACCAUCUCCAUUCAAAGGCUCAACAACCACCACUCAACCCCAGGUCACUCCAAUAAAUCCACCUCCACCUAGCGGUGACAUACCCCCGGUGAAGAAGGCCAACCCUAACCUAAAUCCUUUACCCAAACUGGCUGGACAGACUGUGCAUGACCCAAUGACCAAAAGACUCACAGCAUGGAAAGGUCUACCGGUUCAAUAUAUCGAGAAUGAACCCUGUUAUCAGCACCCCGACGACCCGCAAUUCUAUGCUCACAUAUUCUUCCCAGAUGGGCCGCCAAAGGUAGAGACUUUUAAGUUUUCGGUAGCGACACCAGCGGAGUAUACCCCGACACUAGAAGAAGCAUACAGAUACGCCCAUGAACACGGAGCAUUCAAGGAUGGCUUGCUGCCUUCUGCACCACCUAAACCAGAGUGGUCGAGAUAUGAUAUCUGA